AUAAGACGCAUUAUGAGACUUGCUCAUUUCCUUUCGAAUGCUAUCGUAUAUAAAGGGGGGAUGGGGAAGGGGGCCCAGGUGGGUGGGUGCAAGUGUUUUGGUGUUGCCUUUUUUUCGAUGUCUUGAAGAAAUGAAUUAUGUACAACCGCGGGGGGGAUAUGUGUGUAAGUUGCUCAACUCCUCCAAAUCCCUCUCCAUCUUUCCAUUACACACGCCAACAUGUGAUGCUUUCCCGGAAAAACCAACCCCAUCGCGCGCGCAGCCGGUCGAGACGUGUGGUCGUAAGGAGAGUGAAGGGUGGGUUUGUCUGACGCUGCCUCCUUUUCCACCUUCGUCGCUCUCUCGUAUAUACCACCAUACCAAACCGAGACCUCUCUUCCCCUAUUUCACCAUUAAAAAACCCUCCCUUUCCAACCAACUUCCCCCUCAUUCCAAGAAUCGAAAAAUCUAGGGUAUUUCGUAUGCCGCUGCUGAACCACUUUCAAGUCGUCAACGACGUCGCCUAGGUACGUCCUUCGCAUACGCAACAUAUGCACGCACAUCCA